GCGGAACUAUUUUGCUAAAGUACCGGAAAUGGUAGGGGUGACAUUAGAUUUAUGAAUGAAUGCGAAGAAUGAGGAUGAUGGCAAAGUUGGGCUGUCGGUUUCUUCUCCAGCGGGGAGCACAGCUCCUUUGUCCUCGGGCAGCUGCUGAAAGCCCCGUCCAGCUGUUGGGUUGUGUCAGGACUGUAAUGAAAACGACAUGGUUCGAAGAGCACCUUACAGAGGACAACCAGAAGUACUUGAGAAACCUCACGGCAGAGGAUUACAGAAAACAGACAGCCGAGAAGCUCAACCCUCUCAGAGAUGAGCCCUGGCCGCGACAGGACUGGACAGAAGGAAGCCGGCGAGUUGGUUUAGUUGCUGUCAAGUUGGGGAUGGCUCCUAUCUGGACUAAAACGGGAGAAAGACACCCAGUCACACUGUUGCAGGUGCAAGAUUGCCACGUAAUAAAGUGUCUCCCCAAAGAAGAGUUUGAUGGACACUCUGCUGCUCUUGUAGUAGGAGGGAAGAACGUGUCACCGUUCCAUAGGUCAGAGGAAACAAUGGAGAUGUUCAGGAAUGCAGGAGUUCCCCCUAAACAGAAAGUCACCGUCUUUAGAGUGUCUGACAACGCCAUCAUUAAACCAGGCACUCCUCUGUACGCAGCACAUUUUCGUCCGGGCCAAUACGUAGACGUCACAGCUAAAUCCAUUGGUAAAGGUUUCCAAGGUGUGAUGAAGCGAUGGGGAUUCAAAGGUCAGCCAGCCAGCCACGGUCAAACCAAAACUCACCGCAGACCAGGAGCUUCCGGACCAGGAGGGGAUCCGGCCAAAGUUUUCAAAGGAAAGAAGAUGCCUGGCAGGAUGGGCAACACGUACAUCACGGCUCACGGACUGAAGGUAUGGAGGGUGAAUACCAAGUACAACGUGCUGUACGUUCACGGCACCGUCCCCGGUCACCGGAACUGCGUCCUGAAGGUGAGAGACACAGUACUCCCAGCUAGACGCUCUACUCUGCUCAACCCGCCUUUCCCCACCUACUUCACCGAAGAGGAGGGCGACCUGGAUGAAGAUCUGUACGAUGACGACCUGUUUGUUCACACAGAGCCGUCCGUAACGCUGACCUGACCCGCUUGUAACUAUGUGUUUUAAUGCUUUAAUAAAGAAUUACUCCUGAA